GUUGACAGUUGACAGGAAACGUCAAACGGUCCCUCUCGCGGACCAAUCAGCGCCGAGCAGAUGGGCGGGGCCUCCCCCUCACUGAACCACGUGACGUGACGCUCCGCAGCAGUUCCCAGGCGGUCACAUCACAGAGCCGGAGAGACUAUGGAUCAGAAGGUCGUGUUGUUCGUUCUUCUGGCUGCGGGCCUCAUCUUCAUCGGUUUGGCCCCCCUCACUCAGGCCGAGGACCUGAUGGACGACGGUCUGGGUGAUGACGUGGACGUUGAGGACGAGCUGGAUCUGGGUCUGGCCGGAGCUGAGGAAGAGGAGGAGUUAGACCUGGAGGGAGACAUGCAGGAUGAAGAAGCUCCAGCUGAACCUAAAACCCCUCCUAUACCCAAGGUGACCUACAAGGCUCCGGAGCCGAUGGGGGAACAUUUCAUCGCUGAGUCUUUUGACCGGGGGACACUAGACGGCUGGGUGUUGUCCAGCGCCAAGAAGGAAGACACCGAUGAAGACAUCGCUAAAUAUGACGGUAAAUGGGCGGUGGAGGAGAUGAAGGACAGCAAGCUGCCCGGUGAUAAAGGUCUCGUCCUGAAGUCUCGAGCCAAACAUCACGCCAUCUCGGCCCAGCUGCUGCGACCUUUCACCUUUGACACCCGGCCCCUCAUCAUCCAGUACGAGGUGAACUUCCAGUUGGGGAUCGACUGCGGCGGCGCCUACGUGAAGCUGCUGACUCAGACUCCGGACCUCGACCUGGACCAGUUCGUGGAUAAAACUCCGUACACCAUCAUGUUCGGACCCGACAAGUGUGGAGAAGAUUACAAACUGCACUUCAUCUUCAGACACAAAAACCCCAAAACUGGAGAGUACGAAGAGAAACACGCCAAGAAACCCGACGCCGACCUGAGGACGUACUACACCGACAAAAAGACUCACCUGUACACACUGGUGGUGAACCCUGACAACACCUUCGAGGUGUUGGUGGACCAGACGGUGGUGAACAGCGGCAGCCUGCUGACGGACAUGACCCCCGCUGUGAACCCGCUCGCUGAGAUCGAGGACCCCGACGACCAGAAACCAGAGGACUGGGACGAGAGGCCCAAGAUCCAGGACCCCGCCGCCGCCAAGCCCGAAGACUGGGACGAGGACGCUCCUGCUCAGAUUCCAGACGAAGACGCAGUGAAACCAGACGGCUGGCUGGACGACGAGCCGGAGUACAUCGGAGACCCCGAAGCCAUCAAACCUGAAGACUGGGACGUGGACAUGGACGGCGAAUGGGAGGCUCCUCAGAUCCCUAACCCCGCCUGUGAGUCCGCCCCCGGCUGCGGCGCCUGGAAGAGGCCGAUGAUCGACAACCCCAACCACAAGGGCAAGUGGAAGCCGCCCAUGAUCGACAACCCCAACUACCAGGGCAUCUGGAAGCCGAGGAAGGUCGCCAACCCGGCGUUCUUCGAGGACCUGCAGCCGUUCAGGAUGACUCCGUUCAGCGCCGUGGGUCUCGAGCUCUGGUCCAUGACCAACGACAUCUACUUCGACAACUUCUUCAUCACCGACGACCGCAACACCGCCGAGCGCUGGGCCAACGACGGCUGGGGGCUGAAGAAGGCUGCCGAGGGCGCCGCUGAUCCCGGUCUGGCCACUCAGAUGCUGAACGCUGCAGAGGAGCGCCCGUGGCUCUGGGUCGUCUACGUCCUCACCGUGGCUUUACCGCUCGUCCUCAUCAUCGUCUUCUGUUGCACCGGCAAGAAGUCCUCAGGAUCAGAUCAGGGUCAGUUGAGUCUCACCAGCUUACAGGAAGAGUUAAAGGAAGCCGGACGCCCAAACGGACCUGCCACCGCCUCCUCAGGCCCGAAGAAGACCCCAGCGACGCCGGCAGCAGAGUACAAGAAGACGGACGAAGCUCAGCCCGACGUGAAGGAGGAGGAAAAGGAGGAGGAAGAGGAGGAGGAGGAAGAGGAGCAGCAGGAGGAGAAGGAGGAGAAGACUGAAGAGGCAGAAGAGGCAGAGAAGAGCAGUCCAGCUGCAGAAGAGAAGAGUGACGAAGAAGAGGAGAGUCCUAAAGAGGAAGAGGAAGAGGAAGCAGAGAAGGAUGGAACGGCUGACGAGAAGGAGGACGACGUUCUGCGGAGAUCUCCCAGGAACAGGAAGGUCAGAAAGGACUGAUAUCUCUGAAUCCACAGCCCUGACCUCAUCACCUCCUCCCAUCUCCCCUAAAAUAUCCCCCCCCCCUCCUCCUCCUCGUCUUCUACUCCGAGGCGAUGACGCCUAAAUGGAACCCGUGGAAGCAGUGAAGCCGACAGGAAACUAAUCAAGACCUCCAAUAAAUGGACGCCUGCUCAUGAUGAUGAUGAUGAUGAUGAUGAUGAUGAUGAUGAUUCCAGUAUGAACAGGACUGAGUUAGCGUGAUUUAAAGGAUUCUUUUUUUUUGUUUUUGAAAGAGAUUAACUGAGAUUAACUAAAACUUCCUGCAUCAUUCCUUAACAACACGUGAGCAGACCUGAACCCACGGGAUCAGCACGUCCCGUCUGCUGCACUACCACCGCCCGCUCUCCGCCCAGCGCCGUCCUGAGCUAGCAAGCCCCGCCCUCCCGACAGCCUGCUAAUUAGCGCUCAGCAACUUGCUAUAAAUCUACUGACAGACGGCAACCACUAGUUAGCCGUCAAUCUGGAGUAACCAUCUUCCUGUUUGGGCUGCUAAUUAGCUCACCAUCAGGGUGCUAAUUAGGCUAACUGUAGCCUAAAUGAUCCAACAAUUCACCAAACAAAAGUCUUGCCAAUUGCCAGGCUAGCAGCUAGCUUGUAAGCAACAUGCUAAUUCACCUGCUAGCAGUUGAUUGAUUAGCCUUCUGGGAGAUUUAUUACCCAACAAAUGAUCAGGGAAUUAACCCACCAAAAGUGUUGCCAAUUAGGCUACCAACAGGCUACUAAUUAGGCUAACAGUAGCCCCAAUUAUCCAACAACAAUUCAAUAACCAAACUCUUGCCAAUGAGCCUAAUUAGCCUGCAAACAUUCCCAACAAUUGUGUCGUUUGCCAGGCUAGCAACUAGCUUGUAAGCAACAUGCUAAUUCACCUGCUAACAGUUGAUUGAUUAGCCUUCUGGGAGAUGUAUUACCCAACAAAUGAUCAGGGAAUUAACCCACCAAAAGUGUUGCCAAUUAGGCCACCAACAGGCUACUAAUUAGGCCACCAACAGGCUACUAAUUAGGCUAACAGUAGUCCAAACUCUCCAACAAUUCAACAACCAAAUCUCUUGCCAAUUAGCCUGCAAACAUUCCCAACAAUUGUGUAGUUUGCCAGGCUAGCAGCUAGCUUGUAAGCAACAUGCUAACAGUUGAUUGAUUAGCCUUCUGGGAGAUUUAUUUAUUAACCCACCAAAUGUGUUGCUAAUUAGCCUCCUAGCAUGCUAAUUAGCUCAUGAGCCGCUUGGUAGCAAUCCGGCUACUUGUACUACGAUGUUAAAGUAGCCCACUAUCAUCCACUCGGACUACAAACUAAUUAGUGUUAACAACGGGCCGCUAACGAGCCCACAAAUAAUGCAAUUUACUUACCAACACCUAGCUAAUUAGCCUGCUACGAAGCUAAUUCACCUACUAACAGUUGUUAGCCUAGAUUUUACAAGUUAGCUCGUGAUUAGCCACCUUGCUAAUAUUUAAAACUUCCUUUUUCUUGUCUCCUUUUCUUGUCAUUUAAUUGUGUUUUGUUUUAAAGCUGUUAGCUCCAUGUUAGCGCCACAUGUAGCAAUCAUGUUUCCUCCGUUUUUUCUACUGUUUUAUUGUCCAGAUGGCGGCGGGGGAAAGGUCAGAGGUCAGAGCCUAAAACAGUUGGAGAGAUUUAACUGUAAAUGUCAGUUCAAGCUGAGUGACAGGUGUUGGUUACCUAGCGCUGAGGUGGAUCUCAUCAGACCGGUCUUUCUUCCGAUACCGACGUAUGAAAACCUCCAGUUGUUGUCUUGGUGUCAUUUAUGACACUUUGGAGAUACAAGGUUUCCUCCCUCUAGUAGUCCGUUAUUAAUGUAGAGCUCCUCCUCCGUCUUUAUUGGUCCAAACAAACAUGACAGCAGCUCGUUAUCUCCUCCUGAUCUGAUUACCUCGUUAAGGUGUAAAACAUCCAGACUCACCUGUGUAGCUUUUCCUGUUGUUAAAGUACCUUCAGUGUGUAAAACAAGCUGCUGUCGUCUUUUUGUUUGGACGUCCAACUCGUCACGUCAGCAGGUGGAUGGACACCCAGCCCCUCUUUCUUCAAACCCCAAAAUGAAAAGAAAAAGGCACUAAGGUGAACAAAUCAGGCGCUUAAUCCUCUCACCUGUCCACCUGGGGCACAUCAACACCUCCAACUAAUCACACACACGCUUUCCUACAUGAAUCCUGAAUCUGUGUCGGACUUUAGUCCCAUGUUUUAAAAGACACGGCACUUGAGCGUGAUAAAGACUUCAGGAAAUACUACAAUAAUCUUAACUUAAGGUUCACUUACUGGCUUUUCUCCAGAGCUUUCAUCCGUAACAGAAGUUCCAUACAUGGGUUAAAACUUUAUCCACUGAUGAAGACUGUGAGAUGCUGUUGAAAGCUUCAGAAAAAGCUAGUAAGUGGACCUUGAGUGAAGACAAAAUAGAAACUCAAAGUUAAAAAAAGUCAUCAUAUCAAACAUAAUUUUUUGUUUAUGGCAGGCAUUUAAUUCAGCUAUAAUUUAUGCGCAUAUAUAUCACGUAAUAAUGUCGUCCUGAAGAGCAGAAACAGCCAAUCACGGACAUUUUUGAAGAGGAAACUAACCAUCAGGUGUCGCCAAAAUAAAACCAGCUGAAAUCUUAAAGGAUUUUAACUGAAACAUCUAUCGCCGCCGUCUGACGACCACCGAAAAACUGCACGUUACAGUAGUUUAAUCCUGACCUCCUGACCUUUCCUCUAGCGCCGCCAUCUGGACAAAAAAGAGAAAAACAAUACGUGACAAAUAAUCUCAUGAAUUUUGCUUGUAAAGAUCCUAAAUUAUGUUUUUUUAAUUCAUCAUGAAAUCAUCUAAGGAUUAUAAAGCAGAUCACAAACUGUAACGAGGUUUUCCCCCGUCUUCAGUGUGACUGAUGGAGCAUCGUUCUGUGGCGUCAGUGUACAGCUUUGGAGAAAAAAAUAUAUCUGAAAUAAAACUGGUUUUGUGAAUCUUGAAAGUGUGUGUGGAAGAAGAAAUAACUACAUUAGUCCAGUUCUGUAUCCGGGACAUGACUGUUGAUGUGUCUGUUUGUGUCCUCUUUGUAUCAUCGUACAGUGAAAGCAACUAAAGGGUCUGUUUUCUGUUGAUUCCCACCAACGACGUGAUUGGCUGAUGGGGUUUUGACAGUGAAUGGGGGGCGGGAUGGGGAAUUUUAAGUCUCUGGCUGUUGGUGAGGUCAGAUUUUGGGGCUCGAGGUGAUCUUGGAGCUUCCAUAACCUUCAUUUCCCUCCUUUUUUUUAGGGGUAAACAAGCUAGUUACAUUUCGUCUAUAAACUCUGCUGCUUGUAGUCUUUACUGUUUUCCUGAAAAGUGUCAGAAUAUGAUGCUUCUUUGGGCUUUAGGACGUAUCGCCUCCUCCAGCAGCAUCAGUAACAGUACAUUCCCAUCCAGAAUGUAUGUUUCAGCUCUUCAUCGUCUCCCUUUUUUUUUUUUUUAGUCUCAGAUUAUUUUUGUGUCCGGCUGAAGCUGCCUAGCUUACCAGACUGUAGACUGAACACUGUAUCUGCUGGUAAAACCUUUACAUGACUCUGUAACUCUGUACUUUUUAUUUUUGUUGACAUUGUGUUUUGAACUAAACUUUAAUGGUUGGCCCUGCAGCCUGUUUCUGAUGUACACACUAUUGUAGAGAGAUGGACCGCUGAGACGCCACACCAGAGGUCCAGCUUUGAAUAGAAAUACUGUGACGAUGGAGCCUGAUGUGUGUGUGAACACGCAGUCAACAUUUGUUUUGAUGAAUAAAAAGGCCAAAUGGAAACUGAA